CGGGCAGCAUAUGCCACCUCCGGCUGUUGCCAUGACGACGUGACAGCACCUUUGAAGUGGGCGACUGACCUCCCUUGAGUUUGGUGUCCGUCCUCAAGACUGACAGACAGGAUGAUGCUGAAUGACAGCUGGACCGUCAUGAACAACAGCAGUUCUGAUCUGGACAGCAAACGUCCCAGCAAACACAAGAAAUGCUGCAACUUCCUGUUAUGUGCCGCCAUUGUGGUUGCCAUGGUAGCGGGCGUCACGGCAACAGUGGCCAUCCUCUAUGUCAACCAGUAUCCUCUGCCCUUCAUAAACAGCAACAGGGGCGGAGUCUCCUCCGCGUCACCUGUCAUUUCCACCAACCCCAAAGACUCGGGGGCCUUGGUGACGGUGUCGCGCGUGGGGGACGGCGAGCCCGUCAGCAUCUUCCUGGAUCCCAACUGUCCGGACAGCAGCCAGAACUUUGAGCGCUGGGAGGCGCUGCAGAGCUCGCUGAUCCGGGCGCUGACCUCCCGCAACGCCGACGACUGGCAGGAGAGAGGCUCCGCCCACAAAGUCAGCGAGGAGCUGAAGGCCUUGGCGGGCCACGCCCACAACCUCCGGCUGGAAGCCGAGGCGCUGAAAAGAGGUCAGGACCUGGUCAACCAGCGACUGGAGGCCCUGCAGAGCCAGCAGAGCCGCAUGGUGCAGGUGCUGUCGGAGGAGAAGUCGGGGGUGCUCAGCCUCACCGCGGACUUCAGCAACUCUCUGUCCAGCCUGCAGAGGGAGACUCAGAGUCUGAGCAGACUGCAGGCUCUCACGCCCAGAGACUGCGCUGACGUCAUGGCGGCGGGAAAUUCCCAGGAUGGCGUUUAUUCCAUCUUUCCCGUCCACAAGCCCGACGGCUUCAUGGUUUACUGCGACAUGAGCACGGACGCGGGCGGCUGGACUGUAAUCCAGAGACGGGUUGACGGCUCAGUGAACUUCUUUCGAGGUUGGGACGCAUAUCGAGAUGGCUUUGGUACAACUACAGGAGAGCACUGGCUAGGCCUCCAGAACAUCUACGCUCUGACCAGGUCAGGAGGUUACGAGCUGCGUAUCGACAUGGCCGACUUUGACAACGCCACAGCCUUCGCUCAAUACGCCGAAUUCUCCGUGGGUCGAGACUCGGUCAACCCCGAAGAGGACGGAUACCCGCUGACUGUGGACCAGUACUCGGGCACGGCAGGCGACUCUCUGCUGAAGCAUUCUGGGAUGCAGUUCACAACCAAAGACCGGGAUCAGGACCAGUCGGAGAACAACUGCGCCGCGUACUACCAGGGGGCGUGGUGGUACCGCAACUGCCAUACAUCCAACCUGAACGGGCAGUACCUGAAAGGAGGCCACGCCUCUUACGCCGACGGCGUGGAGUGGUCCAGUUGGACCGGCUGGCAGUACUCUCUGAGGUUCACUGAGAUGAAGAUCCGCCCCAAACCUAAAACCGACUUCUGAUUGUCCGUCAUCCAAGAACCCAUCCCAUUCCUGGGGUGACCAUUCCAUUCAGAACCGACAGCGUUUAUUUGGUGUAAUUAUGAGGAAACUUUUUCAAAACAGGCCACAGGUUAGAAAAACUCCUGCAAGACUUCUUUACACAAAUAGAUCCUUACUGUAUACUUCAAAAAAUAUAUAUAUUAUUUUUUUGGAAUCGAUACUGAAACGAGGGGAAUCGUGAUUUAAUUUUGGUGCACCCUUACUACUUACCCCUGUUUACCUCACUUGACCAAACACACACUCAAUAAUUAAAAUGUGUUUCUAAUUUCUAACAGCUGGGAUAAAGUAGUCACUCCAGUAGGAUUAUAGAGGUACUAUGUUCUUUUUGAAGUUAUUACAAUGCCAUAAGUACUCACAUUAAUGCAUCAACAAUAAAAUGCUUAGCAGUCAUCAUGUUAUUAUGUAUGUCAGGUUCAAACACUGAUGACAUCUACUAAACAAGACAAAAGGCAAGGAAUCCAACAGAGACAGAAUUCAAUUGAGACACAGAUCUGAGGAGAGACUCUGCGUACAGUCCUGCACCACGCUCUGACGAAAAAGGUUUACGUCUCCUCUUUUAUUUAGAUAUUCAAUGUUUACGCAACAGCACAUGUCACAACAGGAACGGGGAGUGUGUAAACAGUCUUUUGUCUUCAAUGUGACCGCAAACAAUGAGUGUUUGCAUACUCCCCAUUCCUGUUGUGACAUGUGCUGUUGCGUAAACAUUGAAUGUUCUGCCCUCACUGAAUGUGUUGAGGUUAUACAGCUUGGCAGACAGCUAACAACCAAUCCAGGACGUUCUAAUAAAGUUCCAAAGCAGAUGAAUCCAUUUAGGCUCUUUAUUAGGGUCCGCCAGGAGUCCUUUGCAAUGGGCCAAGGACCCUAUUGAAACUGGUGCGUUUUAUUAUUCGUUAUUAUUAUUAUUAUUAUUCCGCACCUAUGCGGUGUAAUUUGACCCCCUUAACAUGCUUCAAAACUCACCAAAUUUGACACACACGUCGGUCUGGCAUGCCUUCCCAACUUAUUAAGCAACCAAACCCCAAAAAUGAAAAUUGCGCGCUAGCGCCCCCUAGGUAAAAAAAACCCCAGACUGCUUGUAACUUCCGUUGGGAAUGUCGUAGAGACAUGAAACAAAAACCUCUAUGUAGGUCUGACUUAGACCUAGAUUUGCCAUUAGAAACUUCUAUACCUAAAAUCAACAGGAAGCUGGCAAAAACCCAUUCAAAGCAAAAUUUUCGCAAAAAAUGCUAUUUUUGCCUCUUUGAGCUGUAAUUUCACCCCCUUAAAAUGCUUCAAAACUCACCAAACUUGGCACACACAUCAGGACUGGCAGAAAUUGCGAUUAAAUUAAAAAACCAAACCCCAAACCUCAAAAUUGCGCCCUAGCGCAAUUUUUUAAUAAAACAG